AUGGGACCGCAGGAGCACACCGCUGCUGAGCUGGGCUCCACCAGGAGUGGACAGAAGCUUCGGAUUUGUCCUUACGAUGAAGUUCUAGGCAAUGGACAUUCACAAAGAGCUUUCAGGAGAUCUGUGCCUCGUAACCAGAUCAAGGCAUUCAACUACUUUGGAGGUAUUCAAGAAGGAACACAAUGUACGAAAUGUAAAAAUAACUGGGCACUGAAGUUUUCUAUCAUAUUAUUAUAUAUUCUGUGUGCCUUGCUAACGAUCACAGUAGCCAUCCUGGGAUACAAAGUUGUAGAGAAAAUGGACAAUGUUACAGGUGGCAUGGAGACAUCACAUCUAAGAUACAACGAGAAACUCACAGAAGUGGAAAGUGGUCUGAAGAAAUUAGGCGACCAAACUGGGCAGAAAGCCGUGAGCACCAACACAGAACUUUCCUCCUUCAGAUCAGACAUACUAGAUCUUAGGCAACAACUUCAUGAGAUUACAGAGAAAACCAGCAAGAAUAAGGACGCACUAGAGAAGUUACAGGAGAGCGGGAAUAUUCUGGAUGACAGACAGAGCCAAAUGAGAGAAACAUUGGAGAAUAACUCUUUCCUGAUCACCACCGUCAACAAAACCCUCCAGGCUUACAAUGGCUACGUCAACAAUCUACAACAAGAUACAAGCGUCCUCCAGGGCAACUUGCAGAGCCAAAUGCAUUCCCAUAAUGUGGUCAUCAUGAACUUAAACAACCUGAAUCUGACACAAGUGCAACAAAGAAACCUAAUUAACAGUCUGCAGAGGUCUGUGGAUGACACAAGCCAAGCCAUCCAGAGAAUUAAGAAUGACUUUCAAAAUCUGCAACAAGUUUUCCUUCAAGCAAGGAAAGACACAGAUUGGCUUAAGGAGAAAGUGCAGAACUUGCAAACCCUGGCUGCCAACAACUCUGCCUUAGCCAAAGCUAACAACGACACCCUAGAGGACAUGAACAGCCAACUUAACUCUUUCAAUGGUCAGCUGGACAAUAUCACUACCAUCUCACAAGCCAAUGAACAGAACCUGAAGGACCUCCAGGACUACCACAAAGAGUCAGAGAACAGAACCACCACGAAGUUUAACCAGCUAGAGGAACGAUUUCAACUCUUUGAAACAGAUAUAGUUAAUAUUAUUAGCAACAUCAGCUACACAGCCCACCACUUGCGGACACUGACCAGCAACCUGAAUGACGUCAGGACAACUUGCACUGACACCUUAACUAAACACACAGAUGAUCUCACUUCCUUGAACAAUACGCUGGCCAACAUUCGCUUGGAUUCUACAACUCUCAGGAUGCAGCAAGAUGUCAUGAGAUCAAGGUUAGAUAUCGAAGUGGCCAACUUGUCUGUGAUCAUGGAGGAAAUGAAGCUGGUGGACUCCAAGCAUGGGCAACUCAUCAAGAAUUUUACGAUACUACAAGGCCCUCCCGGUCCCCGAGGACCUAAAGGCGACAGGGGACCCCAAGGACCUCUUGGUCCUACUGGCAACAAAGGACAAAAAGGAGAAAAAGGAGAGGCUGGGCCACCAGGCCCAGUAGGGGAGAGAGGCCCUGUGGGGCCAAUCGGUCCUCCAGGGGACAAAGGCAGUAAGGGCUCCAAAGGGUCCCAAGGACCAAAAGGACAACGAGGAUCCCCCGGGAAGACUGGCCCACCGGGACCAAGUGGAGACCCAGGCCCUCCAGGCCCUGCUGGCAAGGAUGGUGCUCCUGGCCCCCAGGGUCCACCCGGCUUUCAAGGAUUACAAGGCACUGUGGGAGAGCCUGGAGUUCCUGGUCCCCGAGGACUUCCUGGACUACCUGGGGUCCCAGGCAUGCCAGGUCCAAAGGGCCCACCUGGUCCCCCAGGCCCCUCAGGUGCCAUGGCACCACUGGCUCUACAGAAUGAACCAACACCAGCACCAGUGCCUAACGGAUGCCCCCCUCGCUGGAAGAACUACACAGACAAAUGCUACUAUUUUUCAACAGAAAAAGAAAUUUUUAAUGAUGCAAAACUUUUCUGUGAAGACAGGUCUUCACAUCUAGUCUUCAUAAACACAAGAGAAGAACAGCAAUGGAUAAAGAAGCAGAUGGUGGGAAGAGACAGUCUCUGGAUUGGGCUUACAGACUCUGAACAAGAGAAUGAGUGGAAGUGGCUAGAUGGUACUACCCUGAAAUACAUAAAUUGGAAACCUGGACAGCCUGAUAACUGGGGUCAUGGCCAUGGACCGGGAGAAGACUGUGCUGGGCUAAUCUAUACUGGGCAAUGGAAUGAUUUCCAAUGUGAAGACAUUAACAACUUCAUUUGUGAAAAAGACAGGGAGCCAGCACCAACUUCUGCAUCAUAAUAAGCUGUGAAAUGAAUAGACAUGAACACAAAUUCUGAACGUCUCCCAAAAGCCAAGGAUGUGCCUUUCUGACUAGAUCACCUUCUCACCCCGUGGAAAAAGAAAGCACUGAAAACUGGUUCACAAAAAUACUGGCUGCAAGUUUUUCUUCUCUUCCACCUUUACUCAAGGACUUGGGACCUAAUCGAUGGUCAGUGCACAGCUGGAUGGAAUCCCGUAAUCUUUUUCAGCCAAUAGCCACCCACGUAUGGGAGUUCUCACUUCAGAAGCACAGGGAUAUUCCAUUCUGAAUAAGAAUGCUUGUUACUCAGCUAUAGGAAAAGUUUAAACAUCUACUGUGUAAACAGCGUGUUACAUUUGCUAAAA